GGCCCCGCAAGAGUUUUCCGGGCCCCCUGGAGCAAGUGAGGGACCCCGCUCCAGGGACCCCGAAAAACUCUCAUGGGCGCCCCUGCAGAGCCUGGGGCCUGGGGCAAAUUGCCCCUCUUGCCCCCCCCGGGCGGCCCUGCACUGACAUGACUUUGGCAAACAAUCAGAACGAUUUCAGUGAAAGGAAUGAGGGUCCAGGAACAGAUAAUACAGAUGCUGUUUGCCUUGAAAAAGCUGUGGCUUCUACUGGAGAUGCCAAGCAGGAAAAUAGUGCUCUGCAGGAUGCUUUACUUUGUGCGGAACCAUUCCACCUGACAGACAAGGGAUGUCAAAAUACUGCAGAAAUUGAAGAAAAAGUGAUUCUCAAAACUGCUAGUGAGAAUCAGACCAAUUUUGAAAUACUUCAUAAAGCAGAGACUCCUUUGUUUUGCUAUCACUCUCUUUUUUCAAUAAAGAUAUAUGUAGAACCAAAAACAUCUGAACCACAGCUCCUUGCCAGUAGUGAAACAAAGGACUUAGAUCUUGAACUCAAAGCAGAGAUGUUAGAAUUAUCACUUGAAGUACAGUCUUUCCUGGGUGAAGAAAGAAAAGAUCUGUUGGAACUUCCAUCAGCUGAGGUGCAGCCUUCCCUGGAUGAGAAUGUGAAGCUGUUGGAAAUGAAGCAGUUACAAAUGCACUCUGUACUUGAUGAAGUAAAAAAGCUCUUACUGGAACUAGAGUCACUUGAAGGGCACCCUUCCUUGGGUGACAAAACAAAAGAAGAGGUACUGGAACUGGAGUCACUAGAAAUGCAGACUUCCUUGACUGAUGAAACAAAGGAAAAAAUGUCAGAACUGGAAUCACUCCAAGUACAGCUUUUGGAUGAUGAAAUGAGGGAACUAAUGAACCUGAAAUCACUUGAAGUGUCACCUUCAUUUAGUAAUAGAGAGAAUUGGUUGGAAAUGGAGUCAUCACUUGAAAUACAGCCUGUAUGCGGUGAUGAAAGAGGGGAACUGUUUGAACUGAUACCAUGUGAGGUACAGAUUUCCUUGGGAGAAGAAACAAAGAAGAGAGUGGAUUGGGGCUUGGACUUGCUUGAAGUUCAUCAAGUGAAAGCUGCACCAACUGAAUUGAAAGUGGAGUCUUCCCUAGUAAAAACUUUACUUAGUAAUGGAGCCAGGAAGGAGCUGGAACCAGAGAUGCACAAACCAGAGAUGCACAAUGUCCAGUCUUUGCUUGGUUCGGAAAGAAAAGAGGAAUUGGAACUGGUGCCAUCAGAAGUGCAGGCUUCUCUUGAUGAUGAAACAAGGAAGGACCCGUUAGAAUUGGAACCAUCUAAUUUAGAGCUUUCUGUAGAUAGUGCAGAUCAGCUUUCAUUCACUAAAACUGACUUAAAAAAGCAGGUGUCUACUUGCCCUGUAGAGCUGUGUGCUGUAGGAAAAGCUGAUAGCAGAGGUGAAAAAUGUAAGAAAUGGCUAACUUUGCAAGAGAAGAGUUGUGCGGAACAGAUGAAACCAGACUUGCAUGAAUUGUUCGGAGAGUAUAAAACUACUCUUGUCAUUGGGGAGUCCUUGAGGCAUAAACCAUCAGAUGAAGAAGAAAUUGAAAUAAGAGAAAAGCAGGAUGCAACUUUAGCUGGUCAUGGUGCAGAGCAAAGUGAGCAUGCCUGUAAUCUAGAGGGAUUUGCUGUUGGCUCCAAUUGUGUGGUGUGGUCAUGUCUGAAGUGGUAUAAGACUCAUAUUUUGGAGAUAUCUGAUGAAGACACCAAGGAUUUGAAUCUCUCUGCUGGCCAUGAGGAGAUAGUGAAUCCUGAGAAUGUUUGGAAUGGCAUUCCUGAAGUGACUAAGAGUCCAUAUGAGGCAGAUAGCUUGCACUCCUUAUCAGCGGAGGGCUCAGAGUUGAAAGAAAGAAGGGCUAGUUGUGGCUCUGAUGUCAUGGUUGAUCCAUAUAUGUUGUCCAGCAGUCCUGAAAAUGCCACUGAGUAAGGCUUCUAGUUCACAAGCAUCACGUGUUGGAGAAGCAAAGUCUUAUGAACAUGACUUUCCCGAGAUUACGGAGUUGUACA